AUGGCUCAUCCUUCUACGCCCCUGCCUCAGCCGUCUAUCACCAGUCUAUUCCCUCCCAACGCAGCUGCCGCAUGGGCAGGCAUUGCGUCAAAUAGAUCAGCUCUCUCUGGUACCAGCACGCCGACUGGCUCGACUUAUUUAAUGCCUACCAGUCCUGCUAAGAACAGCCUUGGCCCCAAGGAUGGAGUAACGCCCAAAAUCUCCAAGACAACAGGCCAAAAACCUGCCUGCCUAGUCAAUGCUUCAGUGACCUACUGUGGCAAUGACCAGAUCUAUGCAUUUGGUGGUUUCGAUCAAUUUACAGACGAAGUUUACAAUCACGUGCUGAGGCUGAACUUGAAGACGCUAAAUUGGGCGCUAGUCGACAAUUAUGGAGACAUCCCUGGCGUACGCAUGGGCCACUCAGCCUCGCUCUACGAAGGAGACAAGUUACUCGUGUACGGGGGUGAGAACGAACACAGAGAAUAUUUGUCUGAUGUUGUCAUCCUCAAUCUCAAAGAUCACCAUUGGACCCAGCCUGAUGUUCAAGGUCCCAUCCCCAAAGGUCGAGCGCGACAUGCCGCUGUAGUUUAUGAAGACAAGCUCUUCGUCAUCGGAGGCCUCACUGGCGAAGCGAACUAUAUUCUUGAUGAUAUUUGUUAUCUUGACCUGAAAACCUGGACGUGGUCAAAGACAUGGAGUUUUGUACAAAGAUUUGACCACAGUGCUUGGAUCUGGGGCGGCCGGUUGUGGGUUCUUGGAGGCCUAGGAGCAGACAUGGAGCGGCCGUCCGAGAUCUGGUGGCUAGACCUUAAAGGUAGCCCUGCACUUUCCGACUCCGGACGGCAAUUUUCUACUAUGGGACGAGUUCCCUCGAGCAGGCAAGAUCCAUGGCAGCACCCUGGCAGAGCAGACCGCAUCGACACGUAUGCCGCAAACUCGGGCAGUGUACACAUCCGAUCCUCAAGAAGAGAGAAGCCAACAGCUCCAGGCGCCAUCUCGUCCCUCAAAUUUGUCUCUGGUCCACAUGUCCCGCUGCAGUCGGCCGGCACUCACUUCCAUGUGUGUUCCUCAGGCGCACUUCUGGACUUCGUUACUCCUUCUUCCACAAUUCGUCACAAUGAAUGCAAUUUAUCAUCGCUGGAGCUGGACUCUCUGAGAUGGCAACGUUUGGUCGAGGGACCGGAACUCUUCCAACCAGGCUACAAAUGGCAUUAUUGCACCAUCAAUGAAGAUGGGACCAAGGUCUGGUUGCUUGGAUCUUCGGCUGAAGAGUCCGCGGCAGCCAACCAAGAGCUGCAACUCAGCGAAAUUCUAGCCGUCGAUUUGCGGAGAUAUGGUCUUCUAGGGAGUGAAGACAUGUCAUCCUCUUCGGAGCAGUCUCGAAUUCUAGCCACUGAACGCCAAACCCACUACAGUGGGCCCAGUGGAGUUGGAACAGCCCUCGGCUCAGAUCUUGCUUUAAUGUUCGAUCAACCGCCAGAAUCUAAUAGCAUGACGGACUUCACUAUCACUGCAAACAAUGAACCCAUGGACUAUGAGUCCACUAUUUCAGAUACAGACUCUCAAGCUCGAUUCUCUCUCAAUUCCACUGGCAGUCAAAUUCUCCCUUCUGACACUUCCAAUGUCAGCCAGGCGAUCCAUGUGCACAAGAUGAUUCUCCAUGCGAGGUGGCCACAUUUCAAGCGCCUCUAUGCAUCCAAGAUGAUCGAAUACCAAACAUCUCGCCUACACAUCCCAGAACCAUACUCUGUGGUCCGUGCAUUCUUGUACUACCUGUAUACAGACAGCAUUGCUCCACAUCCGGCCUUCUGUCGAGAUCUCACCGAUGUUGCUGGUAUGCUUGUGAUGGCGAACCUCUAUGAUAUGCCAAAACUCCGUCUUCUAUGCGUCAAUCGCCUAUCCCGGGAAAUUGACAUUGACCAUGCAGCUGUAAUCUGGGAGCGUGCAGGCCGGACCGAUGAGGAAUGGUUGAAAGCGCGAGCAGCAAGGUUCUGUCUGAUGAACUGGGGUCGCAUUGUUCGCACAGAGGGUUUUCGUAGCCUGAGUCGACAGAGUUUGAUGGAACUGUGUGAAGUGGUUGACACGGAAGGCAGAGUGGUCGGCGGUGAGGAACUGGACGAUGUCGCUGUUGACUCAUUUGGCGUUGGUGGCAGUCGAUAUCGUCGCCGAAGCCAUCGACCGAGUGAGGCAGCAGAAGAAACAGAAGGUGACGAAGAGGAUGGGAUGGAUAUGAAUUGA